AUGGCCUCCCACUUAACUCUUAAUCUCUUCUGUCUCGCUCUCAAUCUCUCCGCCUGCCACAUCACCCCUCCCCCUGGCCGCGCUUUACCCGUUACUUUCCCCGGGUUUGGCCCGGGACUGGCGGGCGGCGCAUUCCCCUCCGCCGUGGCGGGUCCGCGCGCGUGCAGCGAGGCGGAGAAGGCGGAGGCGGUAGAAGCGCUGCUGGCGACGACUGAGGGGCUGCGCUUGUGGCGGGGGGAAGAUGCGCGGAUAUGUCCUUCACGAAUGCCUGACCCCUUCUCCCUCCCUCCUUCCCCUCUCCUUCCUCCUUCCCUCCCCCCCUCCUCCCACCCAGCACGAGUGUUAAGGGCGUGUGCUUACAGCCGCACCCCAUCUCCGUGUCUGCCCUCUCUCGCCCUUCCGUCCAGCUUCAGUUAUCUCAUAACCCGACCCGUUUCCCCAUUCCUCCCGCCUCUCCCCCACACCACCGCCCCCCACCCAGCACGAGCGCCAAAGGCGUGUGCUUUCAGCCGCAGCCCAUCUCUGUGUCUGCUCGUGGCGGCAGCAGCGGCGGGGGCAGCAGCGGGGACAGUUGGCGGCUUUAGGGAGGAGGUUGGGAGGGACGGAGAGGGCGAGGGAGGGAUGUGCGGGGAGAGGGAGGGAGGGAGAAUGGGGGGAAGGGAGGGAGGGGGAGGGGGAGGGGUGUUGCAUCGACCACUCCCAUCCAAACGAACAAAAACCAGCAGCAGCACCAGCAGCACCACCCCGUGUGGCAGUUUCCUCUCUCCUUCCUCCCCCUCCUCUUCGUCCUCCUCCCCGCCCCUGCCUCUCCUCCCGUGCUCGCCUCCCCGUCUCCUUCCUGCACUCCUAGACGCCAGCAUUUGCCUGCAGCUGAGCGCCACAGCAGAAGAUAACGCACGCAGCAAGCACAGGCGCGCAGACAGAGUGGAGAGAGCUGGAAGAGCUGCUGCUGCUGCUGCUGCUGCCUCCGCAGCACCCCUGUCUCGUUCCAUCCCACCUCUCCCCUCACCUCUCCUUUCACAUCUUUCCUCCCAUCUCCCCUUUUCUCUCCCCGCGCCUCUCCUCGCCCCUUUCCUCUCCUUCCCUCCCCUCUGGCCUUCUCACCAGGUCAACACAGGCAACUUCCAGCAGGCAAUCGACAUGUUCAGCACGAUGAUAAAAAAAGGGCACUUGGUGUCGGCAGCGCUGAUCGGCAGAGGCACGGCGUAUGCGCUGUGGGGCAAGCUCAAGACGGCCAUAGAGGACUACUCCAAGGCGAUAGAGGAGGAGCCGCGCAUGGCAGAGGCAUGGAGGAGGCGAGCGCAGGCACGCAUGGCAGAUGGACAGGCAGAAGAGGCUGUGAAGGACCUGAGCCGUGUGGUGGAGCUGGAACCGCACAACCUGCAGGCCUACAAUGAGCGAGCAAUGGCGCACCUGAGGGCGAAGGCGAACUGGGAUGCAGUGCGGGACAUCAAGUACGUGCUUCAGAAGGACCCAACCAACGCCUUUGCUAUCACCCACCUGGGCCAGGCAUAUUUAUCUGGCGGCGACUGCGACAUGGCAAUCGAGGCGUUCCAGAAAGCUUUGAAGCGCGACGGCAGCAACAGGGACGUGCUGCUGCAGCUGGCGCAGUCUCAGCGGGAGCUGGGGCGCGUGGAGGACGCAGAGAAGAGCUACCUCAAGGCGCUGAGGCUCGACCCGCGGCACCCGCAGGCGUACCGCGUGUACAGCCAGUUCAAGCAGGCCAUGGGGGACCACAGGACCGCGCUGUUAGUGGCGAGGCAUGGGCUCCAGCUGCUGCCAAACGACAUGGAUCUGCGCUACACUGAAGCCUCCUCCGUGCACGCACUCGGACUCUUCUCCGAAGCGGUGCAAUUGUAUGACAGCUUUCUUGGUAUCAAUUUCCCACCAGACGAGGAGAGGACCAAGCAAUUCCAGGCCUUCUACCAAAGGGAGCUGACGUGCUACCUGGCCAUGAGGAGGCACAAGCCCCUGCCAGCACUCAAGAUAGACGACGAGCUCAACCCCACCUUUAAGGAAGGGUGGAGUAAGCGCAUGCCCCCAAUGGUCCUCUUCCCCGGAUACGAAAUGCAGCCGGUGCUGCAGGUGGCCCGCCUCCCGCCCUCCGAGAACGCCGGUUACCGCCUAACCUUCUCGAAGCAGAUGCGCGCGUUGCUGCAAGCAGCGGAGAAGCUAGGGUCCCUGGUGAAAUACGACUGGCAGGGAUUCCUGCCCAACAAGAGACAGUACCGCAUGGCAGGGUUGGCAAUGAUGGACCUUCGAGACCUGGUGCGCCGCACAUGGGCAGUCAUGGCGGAGGAGAGAGACAGACGGGCUGCUGCUGCUGCUUCUGCUGGUGGUGGUCGGGGCGGUGAUGGGGGUGGUGCUGCUGCUGGUGGUAGUGGGAGCAGGAGGGGGCGGAGGAGGCAGCAGCGGCUGCAGCAGCUGCAGCAGCAGCAGCAGGAGCAGGAGGAGCAGCAGGGAGAGUCAGAGGGAGCAAAGCAGGAGGACAGGCAGGAGCAGAGGCAGCGCAGCAAGACGCAGGAUCGCAGGCGAAGAAACAACAAGCAGCAGCAAGAGAAGGAGGAGGAAGACGACGAGGAAGAGGACGAGGAGGAGCAGCAGGGGCGGCGGUCGCGGGGGCGCGAGAGGAGGGGUGGGGGGGGUGAGGCGGAGAAAGGGAAGGCGCAAGGGAAGACGCAAGGGAAGGCGGGGGAGACGAUCGGCGGGUGGAGGGAGAUCUAUGACCGUGUGGUGAAGUGGCGUCAGCUGGCUGAACCCAUUGACCCUGUGGUGUGGAUCGACAAACUCACAGCCAAGGAGUUUGAGGAGGGCUUUGGGUCCGUGACAGCCAUGCUGGUGGGGCAGAUGAAGAACAGCCGUUACUACUUCAUCUUUGAUCGAGCGCUGGACAUCAUGAAGGGGCGAAUGCUGGAUGAUGGCGUGUGGAACGGGCACAACAACCCCGUCGAAAUCACACCAGAGAUGAAAGCACAGAUCAAGGCGGCGAAGGACGCAGAGGAGCUGUGGAAAGUGAUAGGGGAGGACUACUGGGUGGUCACUCCUUGCUACAGCACCGCCACUCCUGGUUAUGUGAUGAACGGCACUCGCCUCACCAUGGUUCGCACCCCUACAUAUUACGACUUUGCCAUCAAGACACCCGGCACGCCUCCCCGUUGGAAGGAGUACGACCAUGAGAUGGAAGCUGCUUGGAAGGCGCUGUGUGCAGCAUACCUGGACACGGGGCUGAAGGAGAGCAACAUCACGGAGUAUCGCCAGCGCAUUCAGCGCGCCAUUCUCUCCCUCGCCUUUUACUGGUACAACUUCAUGCCUCUUGCACGCGGCACGGCCAUGGUGGGCUAUGUCACCAUGCUCGGGCUAUUCCUGGCAGCAGACAUGCAGGUCACAGCACACGUGCCCCGAGGACUCCAGGCGGAUUGGGAGGGCAUUCUCUCUCCACGCCUGGACUCUUUCAUAGGAGCUCUCUCCCCGUGGCUCAUCCCGUCCAUCGACUACACCUGCUCUGCGGUCAACAACCUCCCUUCUGUCCCCGUCACCGAGUCCCACCCAUCGCCGCACCAAUCACCUCAUACCUCCUCCCCUUCAUCUCUCUCUCGUCUUAUCCCCCCCCUUCCCCACCCCACCUCCUUCCCCCUCUCACUUUUCUUCUCUUCCUUCCCCCACCAUCCACACCCUUCCCCCCUCGUUAUCUCCCCUCCAGGCGGAUUGGGAGGGCAUUCUAUCGCCACGCCUGGACUCUUUCAUAGGAGCUCUCUCCCCGUGGCUCAUCCCGUCCAUCGACUACAACUGCUCUGCUCUCCACAAACUCCCCUCCGUCCCCGUCACCGAGUCCCUCCCGUCGCUUCUUGA